AUGCAUAAUUUCUUAGUAACUUUCUUAUUAGGCCUAUAUCAUAAAAACUUUGUGCUUUCGUUUUACUUCGAAGCCUUAAAUGAGUAAUAAUAAUAUUAUGCAUUUACAAUCAAUACUGGUGGAGUAGACUUUGCUAAGCUUGAUUACUUUAAUUAUGGGAUUUGGAGCAAAUACCUUCCUUUAAGUAUAAUUUCCUAAGUUGGAUUGAUAGGAAUGUUUGAUAGUCACUGCUAUUUGUUAAGCUCUAUUUCAGAAUACACAAAUUUGUAAAUAAACUUACUCUACUAUGAUUGCGUUGAUCAAUCAACAAAUACUGUUUAUAAGAAGGUUUAGUUCUUGGGCAGUGAUAAUUAAAUAUACACUUAUAAAUUUGAAAUCGAUCCUUUGAUAUAUGAAAAUUAUUGGUAUUUUUUUUGUCUAAAUCUGAUACCAUCAGAAGGAAUUAUUGAUGUUUAUAUAUUUCAAAGGGAAACUACAAUAGCAAUUUAGCAACAUGUUAUAAAAGGUAUUUUCAAGGAUUCCGAUCUAAAGUUUGUUAUUGGAGGAGGAUUAGUUGUAGAAGAAUCCUAGUAGCUCUGGAACCAAGAUAUAUCAACGCUUUCUUAUUUUCCUGGGAAAUUAUCAAUACUUCAUCCAAAUGUAGGAAAUUAAUUAGUAAAUGAAAUAGGAUUUGAAACUUUCUUAAGUUUUUCAAAUGAUUAUCACCCGGAAUGCACACAAGUAGAUAACUCAGAAUAAAGUUUACAAGAUUUUGAUAUUUUCAAAUUAAACCAGGAAGUAUUCGCUUCAGAAAAUAGAAAUUGUGAUGGAUUUUCUUUGGAAGCUUGGAUCCGAAUAUCAGAUUUCCGACAAGAAGAUUAAUAAUUUAUUUAUUAAUUGAUUAAAAUAUCAGCAAACUUUGAAAAUAACUAUGCGAAAAAUGAAAAUUUAUCAGCUUUUUAAUUAUUUUAUGAAUUCUCAAAUUCAUAAAUCAAACUACUUGUAACUACUUAUAGCUAUACAUUACCGCUUGUUGAUUACGAUUUUGAGAAGUCAGGUUUUUUAUUAUCAAAAGACUGGAGCAUUAAUAAUAUAAAAUUAUGGCAUUUCUUAUAUGUGUCUUUAGACUAAAAUAUUCUAAAAGUCUCAAUAACAUUUUUUUAAGGCUUGGAAUAAACUCUGCAUGAGACUUAAUUUUAAGUUAAUCAUUUCCAUGAAGUUUAAUUUAAAUUAUAAUAUGGAAAUCUUUUAUAAUCAGCGACUAAUUACUUGACUGGUGCUCUAAAAAAUUUGAGAUUUAGUAAUGCUGCAUCUGAUGAUAAUAUUAUCACAGGAUGUCAUUAUAGUUGCUAAGAAUGUGAAGGCCCUACAUAUAAAGAUUGUUUGUCUUGUUCAGAAGAAUCAAAAAGAGUUUAUCUUGAAUAAUAUAAAGUAUGCGUAUGCCCAAAUAAUUAUAUUGAUGAAUAAGAAUGUAAGGGUAUGGAGAGCUAUAAUUUAUUUCUAAAUUCAGGAUUUGAAUAAGACUCAACAUCAAACUGUCGCUAAGGAUAUUUUAAUUAAGAUUAAUUUUGCUUAAAAUGCCCUUCUUUGAUAAAGGAUAGCUUGAUGACAUGUUUAGAAUGUAUUUAAAAUCCUAAAGGGUGGCAUAAUGAUCCGUAUUGUUAAACCAAUCUCUACAUUGAUGAUCUUGGAAGCCCAGCACAAUAUAAAGUUGAUAAAUUUAAGACUUAUUAUAUAUUUGAUGGAAUGGAGAUUAAGCCAUCAUAAAAGGAUUUUAUUGAGGAUUAAGAUCAAAUUGAAAGAAUAUACUAAGAUUUUGAAAUAACUAAUAAGAAUUUUCUUAUUCUUUACUCAUACUACAGCUCAGAUUUAGACUUUUAUCCUUGUACUCUUCAAAACUGUUUGAUUUGUUAAAUGUUAUUAACCAAAUAAAUUUGUAUAAAAUGUUCAAGAGUAGCAAAAUUAAAAGAUGGAGUUUGUGUGAUAACCCCUCGAGGAAUAAGAUAAAUAAAUGAUUGCAAUGCUCCUUAUUACAUAACAUCUGAAAAGGGUUGUAAUUUAUGUUAAAUAGAGAAUUGUCAGUUUUGUUUUGAAUAUGAAAGUAACGAUCUAACAAAAUGCACACUCUAUAAUGAUUUUUAAGCUUUUAAAAUAGAUGAGUUUCAUAAAAUAGGGUGUGCAUUAUGUCUGGAUGGAUUUAUAUUUGAUUUCACAUAAAGUAAGUGUAUUUAUAAAGAACCAACCUUGACCAAUUGUUUGAGAUCGUUUAUAAAUUAAUCAGGACAAGAACUAUGUACUCUAUCAGCGAUAUAAGACUUUAAGGUUGCUCCUGAGAUAAUAAACUGUUAAAAAUAUAUAUCUAAGUGUAAAUAAUGUAUUUAAACACCCUAAUCAAUUGUAAAAUGCAUUGUUUGUGAAGACGGGUAUUCAAGUUCUCUUACUACUGGAUUUUGUACAAUUUGUGAAUUACAAUAUUCUAAAUUGUGUAUAGAAGGAGAUUAUACUAAUUUAGAUGCAUGGAUGCAAUUAAUACAAAGCUUUUUGAUGUAAUUUCUACCAAAUAAAUAUCUGUAUCCUUAGUCUACUGAUAUAUUAUACAUUAGUCCUAUUGCAAUCAAAUGUAUAGAUCAAUAUUCAUUAAACCAAAAUUUCUGUAGAAAAUAUUGCGAUUCAAAUUGUGCUACUUGUCAAAAGGAAACAAAUGCCGCCGAUGGAUUUACUUGUGGAAAAUGUACCUAGAGUUAUUACAUGGAACCUUUAAGGACUAUAGAAAAAGGACUAUGCAUUACUUGCUCUUUGCUAUGUUAGGUUUGUUAAGAAAGGACAAUAGAAGAGAUCAAGAACCUUAAUCCCGCCUUUGUAAUAAAUGACUCAAAUAAAAAAUAUACAUAUAAAUGUGUCCAAUAAACGAAAGAAAAAAAUAUAAUGAUUGAUCCUUAUUAAUAAGUUGCGAAAUAUUGUUUUGAUGGUAUUUGUGACAAUAUCAUCUCCUAUUAAAUCAAAUAUAAUUGUUUAGAAAUAUUUGAUGAAUUAGAGAGAUUUUUAGAGUAAUUCAAUUUUGAAUACUUCAAUCAAAUCGGUGCCCAAAGAUUUAACUUAAUCAUUCUUAUUCAAGAUUUAUGUCCCAUAAGAUUUACGUAUCUAUUAAAGAUACUUAAUUAAUUAUAAGCAAGAGUUAUUUCCUUAUAAUGGACAGAGAUGAUUUUAUAAGGGGAUGAUUUACCAACUACUUUUCCAUCAGGAAUUUUAUUCUAAGACUUUGACUCCAUAAAUCUCAACCACCUGUUAUAUUUUGUCAUGGAAUCAUUGGAGAUAUAUAUUCAUAAUACUUAUUAUCCUACUAAUAUAAAACUGACUGAUUCUACGUUUUUUGCGAGCAACCAAGAUUCAAUAUAUAUGACAGUUUAGACAGAAAAGUGUUAACAUUUUGAGAUCAGGAAUAUCACAUUAAGCGAUUUGAACAUAUUAAAUUCCAUAGCUUUUUAGAUUAGAUUUCAGGAUGAAGUUAGUUUUAUUAAAAUACAAGAUCUAACAAUUCGAAACUGUAAUUUUUCUCAAACAAUCAUUUUUUAGUUUUACUCACUUCCUAAAAACAGCUUUAUUUAAAAUCUUACAAUCGAAAAUUGUUAGUUUAUUAACUCCACAAUUUUUGAUUUUAAAUAAGACAGUAACACCUAAUCGAUUAUUAACAUUAAUGAUUUUAAAAUUAGAAACUCUCUUAUAUAAAACUCAUAACUAAUUAAUGGGACAGACACUUAUUAUAUUGAUUUAGCAGAAGUUACAUUUAUUUCAAAUAAAUUUGAAAAUUCAAAGUUUUUAGUUUUUUAAAAUAGUCUAAUUAUUAAGUAAUUGAAGUUGGAGGAUUGUAAUUUAAAUUAGACGUUUUUGUUUUAUAAGUUAAUAUCAACUGCAACUUUAUUAAUCGAUCAAUUUGACAUUCAAAACAAUGUUCUUGUUAACACUUCUCUUAUUUUCACAACGUAAUAAACAACACUCAAUUAAGGAGAAGUUAAAUUAUACAAUAUUAAUUUCUUAGAAAAUGGUAUUUCAAAUGCAUAAAAUUCAUCUGCUUAUCUAUUUCAUAUUAAUUGUUUUAGUUUAGAGAUAAAGAAAUUUGAAAUAAUAAAUUCCUUUCAUCUUUAAUACUUUAUUCUAUAAAGUGUUACUUAGAUUAGCGUUGAAGAUUUAUCAUAUGCUAAUAAAAUACAGAGAUAUCAAGUGCCUGCAUCUAUUGAAUGUUUAUAAGUUACAUUGAAAAAUUCAUAACUAUUUUACAUUUCAGGAUACUCAUCUCUAUCCUUAACAAAUAUUGAAAUUAUCAAUCAGUACAGUGUGGAUUAAUCUUUUAUCUAAAUUUUAUCCAAUUCAUCAGUGACAAAUUAGAGAGAGAACAUUAAACUUAAAGGCUUAAAAUUUAUAGGAAAUAUUUUAGUAAAAAGGAAUUUAGGUCUAGUAUUAUCAUAAUUAACUAUAUAUUCCGAGAAGAUUUAGAUAAUAGAAAUGGAGAAUAUUUAAUUUUAGGAUAAUAGCUUCAAUCAACUUUUUGAUGAUCCUUCCCAAACUACUUCAAGUCUACUACUGAUUAAUUCUUAAUCUAGCUCUUUAUACAUAAAUCAUUUAACCUCAUAAAACAAUGCAUUAACUAAUUCUACUAAUCCCUUUAUUUACAUCAAUACGAACUCCAUCAAAAUAAAUAAUAUUGGUAUUAAUAAUCAUAACUAAUUAAACUCAUCGUUUUGGAAUAAGAAUUACAACCUAGAUUUGAAGGAAAAAUUUAACUAAGAUAUCAUCAACCACUUGAUUAAUAAAGCAUUUACAAUCUAAAAUAAAGGAGGAGCUCUGGUUAUUGUAACAGAAUAAUUUAUAAUUAACAAUUGUGUUUUUAAGGAAAUAUUGGCUCAAAGUAGUUCUAUACUUGAUGUUGUCACUCAGGGACUAGGCAAGGUGACUAUAACAAACUGUUAGAUAGAAUCAUCAUAAAAUAUAUUCUCCUAAAUUGGGGACAAUGACGGAGCUAUAUCAAUUUAUUCAAAAAAUAGUCUUUUAGAACUAGAAUUCAAAAAUGUGAACUUUAAAGAUAUACAAAAUAGAUUGGCCUCAUCCAUACUUUCAUUGAUUCCAUCCCUCAAGUCUAAUUUAAUAACAUUUCAAAACAUAGCUAUUUAAAAUUGCUUCUCUUUAAUAAACUAAUUCAUGAAGAUAGAGUUUUAACUAUUAACUCUUAAAACGAAUAUUGUUACUUUGAAGAACAUUUCAAUAUUUCAAGAUGAAAACUAAUUGGUUUAAUAUUUCUAAAAAAUGGAAUCUCUAAGCAUCUAUGACAUUUAGAAAAUAUCAAAUGAUAAUGCUAUUAUUAAUAUAUAAGGAUGCAGUUUAAAUAUUUAAUCUUUAAAAUUUUCAGGAAUUUUAUUGUCUUCACUACUAAAAGUGUUGGAUUCAUAAACUCUACAUGUGUCAAAUCUCCUAGUUUUGAAUGCUAAAUCCUUUUACCCAAUUAAUAUGGUUCAUAUUGGGCAAACAAUAUCCAUUUCUUACUAAGUUGUUUUACAAGAUAUUAAAAUUCUUAAUAUGGCUUCAUUUGAUUUCAGUAAAUUAAAUACUAAUAUAAUUGAAUAUUCAAAAAUAUCUCUAGAUUACAAUAAUUGCAAUAUCAAUCUUCAAUUAUUGAAUCAAGUUUUUACUGCUCCUACUCAAGUUGCGUGGAUAUUUGAACAAAUUUUACACUAAUCAAGUGAAACAGGUGCUUUGAUUCAUAUUUAAACUUAGCUAUUAAUAUCAAACAAUCAAUGCUUAUAAUGUUGGAAUGGAAUAAUCUAAUUUGAUUUGACAUAAUAUUAUUCAAUUAAAAUUGUAGAAGCAUAUUGCCUGAAGAAUAAUAUAAGGAACUAUGGAUGUAUAUUUGCUAAAUCUUCAACUUAAUAAGAAACAAAAUUAGUGAUAAAGAAUUCACUCUUUAUGAUGAAUAAUGGCACUAUUGGUUCUGCAAUUGCAACUGAAAAUGUAAGGAUUACUCUUGUCAAUUCGAAAUUUUUAAAAAAUAUUGCUACUUAAUAAGGAGGCGCUCUCUAUCUAUCAUUGAAUAACAACGAAUUCAAAAUAGCUCAAACUAUAAUUUACAAUAACUAAGCUUCAUAAGGAGGAGGAAUUUACUUACAUGGCAAUAGUAAUUUAAAUUCUGAGAAUUUUAUUAAUUCCUGGAUGAAAUUGAAUUCUGCAUCUCAAAUUCCAAAUAAUCUUUAAGAAAAGCCCACUCAUUUAACUUUGUCAAUCAAUAACUUUGAAAUGAAUACCAUAGAGAAAAAGAUCAACAAUAUUAUUGUAAAUAGUUUAUAUUUGCAGCCCUAUCGAGUAAUGGAACAAGGAAGAGUAUAAUAAACUAGAAUAUUAAUGAUUCCCAGCAAUUAAGAAAUUAUUCGUUAUAAUAUAUACAAUCCAUCUUUACUUAAAUUUGAUUAGUAUAUAGAUGAAUUCUCAAUAGCAUACAAGAAUAGUCUAAACGAAAUAUUACCUAAUUUUUCUAAUGCCUCAUGCAAGAUCUCUAGGUAAACCUUAUAGAACAAUGUUCUCAUUGAUUCAACCAAUAUUACAACUGUAGAAUACAACUCAGAAUUUAAAAGCUUUGAUUUAAGCUUUUUAUCAAUUACUGCUGAUCCGUACCAAUUAAAUAAUUACACCAAUUAAAUUUAAAUCUCUUGUCAUCUGAAUGAUUAAACUGAUGAUUUGUUAUAUAAUAUAGAAAUCAAAGGCUUUAAGUGUUAAUUAGGGGAGUUUUAUGUUUAAUCUGGUUGUUAAAUAUGUUAACCAAGUUAAGGAUAUUACUCAGUAACGUACAACACUACAAAAUGUUCAAUUUUUGAUUAAAAUAAAUUUAAAUCCGUAACAUCAAAUUAGAUUGAACUUAAGCAGGGGUAUUGGAGACCUGAUUAUUAAUCUGAUUAUAUUGAGUAUUGUUUUAAGUUUGUGAAUUUUUGCGAAGGAGGAUGGGUAGUGUCAGAUCACUUAUGUGUUGUAGGUCACAUUGGAGGUUUGUGUGAAGAAUGUGAUAUUUAUGAUAUCAGAGGUCAUGGAAAUUAUUUUAAAAAUUUGAUAAAUAUGACUUGCCAAGAUUGUACAGAUGCCGUUAAUAGUGUUUUACCUUUUAUUGCCACAACAAUAUGGGCCCUUAUUUCCACUCUUUUAACUUUACGAAGCAUCGAUACAUCGAAUAAAUUAUUUUCCUCAUUGAAAGUGAGACAAAAGUAUGUGAAAAUUAUAUUCAAACUUAAUCAAGAUCAUGAGAGCAUCCUACUUAAAUUGUUUCUCAAUUAUUAAUAUUUACUUUUAAUAUGUGAAUUUUCCUUUUCAUUCACUUUCAUUAAUUAGACAAACAACACAUCAUUCUUUAUGGCUAAUAAUUUGGAUUGCUACUUAUCCGAGAUCUAUAAUAUCCAUCUAAUUUAUAGUAGAAUGAUAACCAUGAUUGUAUUGAUGAUCGCCUAACUAUUAAUUAUAUACAUGGGGUUUAAGUUGUAUUCAACCAUCAAAAAGAGAAAGUUUAAUAGCAGCUUAAUAUCGACAGCACUCUUGUAUUUAUAUGUUUAAAACUAUGCUGCCUUGAUAAAACAGUUCUUUUCCUUGUUGGCAAAGAGGGUUAUCUCCAAUAUAGAAUAUAUAUCAGGAGAUGUAUCUUUAUUAUUUAAUUCAACCAACCAUAAAAAUUGGAUGUUUGGUUUUGCUUUGCCCGGAUUAGGAUUGAUUGGAUGUCUCAUCCCCUCUGCUCUAUUUCUGCUUCUGUACAUUUAACGAGAAAAGCUUGACAAAAUCAAUUUUCGAAAACAUAUUUGUUAUCUAUUCAAUGAAUAUAACAAUGAAACUUACUUUUGGGAAUGGAUCAAAUUGUGGAAGAAAACAGUCAUUAUUCUUAUUAUGACAUAUUUUGAAACAAACAUAUUUGUGAAGGCUUCAUUGCUUGGAUUAUGUUUACUACUUUAUCAAUUGUAUGCAGUUAAAUAAAAACCUUAUAUUAUCAAAAACUUAAACUAGCUAGAUGUAUCAACAGGAUAAAUAUGUUCCAUUGCAAUCUUCUUAGCUUCAAUUAAAUAUAUAAGUGAAUAAUAAGAAAACAAAAUUGCUUCUGUUAUGAUUGAAAUGUUAUUGAUUAUACUUUGUUUGAAGUUAACUUAUCCAUUUGUUAUUGAUUUAUUAAGAGUCUAUUAUAAGAAAUACAAAAUACCGUUUAUAAGUAAUUUACACAAAGCUUUACAAUUAUUAAAUUGCAAUUAAAACCUCACUCUUUACGUAAACAGAAAAUUAAUUUAAAUGAAGUAAAGAGAAAAAAAAUUAAAAACUAACUUAAUAAAAUUAAGAAUUCAUUUAAUACAGAUAUCUAAAUUUUAAUUAGAAUCAUAAAAAUCCCUCUUGAAUUUAUUAAAUUCUUAGUCGACGUCUAGACAAACACUAUUAGGUCUAGAUUAAAAUGUUUAAAAGAUAAUUAGAUUAGAAGCAAAUUGA